GGAUUCACUGACCCCGUUUACAGAAAACGGCGGAAGAUGAUUGGAGACAUUGCCUUCAAAUACAAACACGGAGAACCGAUUCCCAGAGUGGAGUAUACGGAAGAGGAGAUCGAAACAUGGCGUGAGGUCUACUCCACCCUCAGGGAUCUGUACACCACCCACGCCUGCAGUGAACAUCUAGAGGCUUUCCGCUUACUGGAGAAACACUGCGGCUACAGUCCUGAUAACAUCCCUCAGCUGGAGGAUGUGUCC